UAUCGGCGUUGGAGCCGGUGGUGGUAUCCUGCUUCUCAUCAUCAUCAUCAUCCUGGUCGUUUUCAUAAUACGAUGUCGGCGAUCAAAGGACAAAGGCUCUUCAAGCGAUCACAGCAUAUUGGAACUGCGAUUAAGACCUGAAGGAUCCGAUCUGGGCGAUUUUCCUCCCCUAUCGUUAUCACCAAACACCUACUCUCUGGAAAAUGGGCAUACCAAAAUGGCCGCCGAUGAACUCACCACGGGAACAGGUGUGGAAGAAAGUGACUACGCUUUGAUAGCCGAGACCGAAAUGAAUCCGGCGAAGAGUGCGAGAAACGGUUCUACCUACGAGGAUGUUCCUCGACUGGAGAGCACUUCGGGGAGUCGCAGACCCCUGCAGCCUGUGCCCAGGAAAUCAACCAAAGACACCCAAUUCGCCAUGCAUCCCGUACAUGAGCUGUACACCACACCUGACGAAAGCCAGCUGAGUAAUGGACACCGUGACUCUAUCCCUGAGUACGCGGUUUCUCAGAAAUUCCGCAAGGAACCAAUUAGUCAAACAGUUCCUCAGGCACCGCCUUCUGCUUUAGGCCCUGAAGACAUAAAUGGCCUCUACACCAUGCCCGAUAAGUCAAGGAACACGACGAAAGCAAAGAAAGUGUUGGAUAGUGACAUGGACAUACCUGCAGGUAUUGACAAUGCCUCAUAUAUCUGUCGUGGAGAGGAUGACCUUCAGGAAGGCGAGACACCAAAUGAGUAUGCUACUGACAAGGAUGGCAUGGGUGGCGAAGACGAAAGUGAUGAUGACACAGGAAUGGUUGAAAAUGAUAUGUAUGAUACCUCCCACAGACCUACUGGUGGUGACACAGGGAUGGUUGAAAAUGAUCUGUAUGAGACCUCCUACAGACUUACUUGAAACUUUAAAACUGAAUGACUUUAAAAAUACGAAAGAAAACUUCGCUCAGUUCCAGGCGUUAUAGUUGUCCAUGUAAUUCUUUGGGAUAAUAGUCCUGGAUGUGUAGUCCUUUAUGUUAAUUGCAUGUC